GUGGAAAGUGAAAAAGGGGCUGAUUCCACCAGCCUCACACAAGCGAAGCCGGUCUCGCCUGUGCAGCCAGCAGCCCGAGCCGAGAUCGACCAGCAGCGCGAUUUCUCUCUCCUCCAAAACUUUUUCUUUGGCGACGUCUCUAAGUCCCUCUGCGCGCCUCUCCAAAGUGGCCUUCCUUUCCGAUGUAGAGAAGAGGAGCGCCCACCCCUUGUGCCAGCCGGUUCCCUCCGAUCUCCACAACCCCCACCCCCUACCUCAACCCGGACUUUUGCAAGAGGGGUCGACCUGGUACCCGAGGGGGAGAAGGGGGCGGACCCCGCAGGAGUCCCUCCGCCGCGCGGGGUCAGGAAGGAGAGCUCUCUCGGCGGCGAGAGGGUCUUGCCCCGGAGGGGGGCGCCGCCGCGGACGUCUCCGCCGUCGGGUUCCUCCUCCUUGGCGAGGGCGAUGGUGGCGCUGCUGCUGCCGCCGCCCGCCUUGCUGGCCGCCCUGGGCGGGCUGCUGGCGAGCUGGGCGCCGCCGGCCGCGGGCGCGUCUUGCGAGCCGGUGCGCAUCCCGCUGUGCAAGUCGUUGCCCUGGAACAUGACCAAGAUGCCCAACCACCUGCACCACAGCACGCAGGCCAACGCCAUCCUGGCCAUGGAGCAGUUCGAGGGCUUGCUGGGCAUCCACUGCAGCGCGGACCUGCUCUUCUUCCUGUGCGCCAUGUACGCGCCCAUCUGCACCAUCGACUUCCAGCACGAGCCCAUCAAGCCCUGCAAGUCCGUGUGCGAGAGGGCCCGCGCCGGCUGCGAGCCCGUGCUCGUCAAGUACGGCCACGCGUGGCCCGAGAGCCUGGCCUGCGACGAGCUGCCCGUCUAUGACCGAGGCGUCUGCAUCUCCCCGGAGGCCAUCGUCACGGCCGAGGGAUCCGAUUUCCCUAUGGAGUCUAAUAAUGGCAACUGUAGAGGCGCCGGCAAUGAGCGCUGCAAAUGCAAGCCAAUAAAAGCAACCCAGAAGACUUAUCUUCGGAACAAUUACAACUACGUCAUUCGAGCUAAAGUGAAGGAGGUGAAGACCAAAUGUCACGAUGUCACUGCAGUGGUGGAAGUGAAGGAGAUACUAAAAUCUUCCUUGGUGAACAUUCCUAAGGACACUGUAAACCUGUACACAAACUCUGGCUGCCUCUGCCCACCUCUCAGUGCUAACGAAGAAUACAUCAUCAUGGGUUAUGAAGACGAAGAGCGCUCGAGGUUGCUCUUGGUAGAAGGCUCCAUCGCUGAGAAAUGGAAGGAUCGACUUGGUAAGAAAGUCAAGCGCUGGGAUCAGAAACUCCGCCAUCCUGGGAAGGGCAGAAACGAACCUGGACAAAGCGAUUCUGCUCAGAAAUCCAGCAGAAGCACCAACCCACGGCAAAGGCACAACUAGAUGCAAAAAUGUCACGCGUCAGGAAAAAAAAAAUAACGAUCCACGGACUUCUAUAAAUUAAAAGACUUGCCUUGUUGGAGCAGCAAAGAAGAAAUUGCACUAUUGCACGUUGUAUUCUAUUGUUUACUAUGAGACGAUGUUGUAGCCCAGAUUA